AUGGCAGGCAUCAGUGAUCAAGCGUCAUUAAACGCUUUUUGGAAAAAUAUUGCAAAGAAGGAAGCAGAAAUGUCCGUGGAUUUUUUACUGGAAGAUGAAGUGAUAGAACCUAGGUCCCCAAUAUCCGUAUGCGACUUCUUCCACCAACGAAAGAGCACCACUCCAACUGACUUCACUAAAACGCCUGAACGACAAUUGAUGCAUCACGAUCGAUUCACCACGCCUGACUACGACGACACAGAGAUGAAUGAUUCGCUCAGCCCACUCUUGCAUAAAACCACUAUCCCUGAUUAUUUCGCUCCUAUCGACGAUCAAAACAACUGUCAUAAGAGAUUACAAAGAUUUACUAAUAUAAGCAAGGUAAAGGUAUACGAGUCUAGAAAAAUCAAAAAAUCAGGGAAGAUGAUUACAAAAAACAGUAAACAUAAACAAUCACCUGGGACAAUACAAGUGCUUCGAGCUGCUCAAUGUUCACUGGGUGAAUUGCGUCGAUUGAAGGAAACCUGUGCUAUAGAAAACCCCUUCCUCUGA